AUGAAGCGCCACAUACACGAUAUGUCCAUACAGGUGGACAGUGACUCUGACUUCACACCAUCCCCCAAANNAAAUCACAACUCUCCAGACGCUUUCGCCCUUAGAAGAAGGGUCCCUAGAAAGCAAGCAGAAACACCUGCCGAUCGCCACAGCAUGAAUGGACGGCGUUGUAAAAGAGUCUAUGAGCUCGCACGCCCUACGUGGCCCGCCAAUGACCCUGUUACACCAGCCAUCUCAGAGAAGAAAAUUCGCGAGCUUGGGCGUGGGUCCGAAGAUGAAAGGUUGAUGGCUGCGUUCGCCAGACAUAUCAUCAAUCCGGGUGACAACCAUCCCAAACAAUCAAAAUGGGUUUCACGCAGAUCUCUGAGGAAGACUUUCUCGGAGCAUUUCGGCCAUAAUGGAUUCUUCAGACAUUCCUCUUGGAAAGACAANAAAGCUGCCGACUUUGGUCUACCAGAGUUGUUCCUCAGAAGUGUCGAUAUGAGCAGAGCCCUCUUUAGUCCUCAUGAGUCCGUUGAUGAUCUAUUUCAAGAUCUCGGACAGGCGCCUACCUUGGACGCGUUGACUGAUGAAGAACAUCAGCAGCUGCGGAAUCGUUUCCAGCAUGGCGCGUCGCUCACAAAUGACCAGUCACAGAGUCCUGCCUCCUCAAAUCAGAGCGUACAAAACUUCCAGGACGAGGAUAAUCUAAACAAGACUGAAGAUGGAAGCGACAUUCCUCGCCCCUCUAAACGACUUCGAUCGAUGUCUUCUGCAAAGCCACAGAUGGGAGGUCAGACAGAAGCGUACCCACUGUUGGGACCAGGCUGGGCUACACCACAUCGCAAGAGUCCACCAGGCACCAAAGCGCGUGUAUCCUCCGAGAUCGAACACAGCACACCUUCACACAAACCAGGCUUAAGCACGCCUAAUACGAUGAGUCUAGAAAACAGCAAUACCCAUAUGGCAUCGCAACAACCUAGCGACCAGCGACUUUCGGCUAAACCAAGAACAACGCACGAGCAUAGACCUAAGCCAUUGCCACAACAGCAGGCAGACACCUCUAACAACCAAGGUCAAAGCAAGCUACCCCAAUCCGUUAGCUCUCCUGCUACAAACAAUAUGAGAGCUGUCAAAGCAAUCGUUAUCCCAAAAAUCUACGACAUACUCAAGGACUUUCCCACUUCGCCCGAGGACGAUUCAUUCCUUCCUCUACUCCGUCAGCUUGUGAAAAUGACGAUCGCCAACAAACCUCAAGCCAUAGAAGAAAGGCACAUCGAUCUCCACACCCACGUUAUCAUGCACUGCACCAUCAACUCUCCAACUGACCAACUUGAAACCGCAACUCUGGUCAGACCUAUGCUUAAGCUCCUGUCCAGACUUCGUCGCAAGUUGGCUGGACAGAUCCAUAGCCAGGUACAAAGAGACAUCAGCACUGCGGCUAAAGUGAACGAUCUGGAUAGGCUGCGAGUUCUACACGCGGAGAUGCUGCUGUUCGAAGCACAGCCUGAGGGAGGUCGGAACGGACAAUAA